AUCCACGUUCUUCUCCGUUUCAUUGAAUCGUUUUCAAGCUUAUUUUCGAGGAAAUUAACCAAUAGUACGCUAUAAAUAAAUGUUCAUCAUCAUUCAACAAAUUUACUUCAUCCUCAAUAGUAAAUCUCCGCCGCCACGGCCGCUGCCGCCGUUGCCGGGCUGGGCUUCUGCAACUCUUAGCUAUACCAUGAAGGCCAAGAUUAUGAAGAACAGGAGAGGGAUCAAAGUGGUGUACAUCUCCAACCCCAUGCGGGUCACCACCAGCGCCGCCAGUUUCCGCGCUCUCGUGCAGCAGCUCACCGGGCCCGACUCCACUGUCGCCGCCGACAUGGCCAACUUAUCCUCCUCCUUCGUCGACGACAACGGCGCCGUGCAUGACCGCCUGCCGCCUCCGCUGCCGGAGUCGGAAUCCCAGUCCGUCGUCGGGCAGCCGAUGUUAUUAAGCGAUCAGCUGUGGAGCGGGACGGCGCCGAAGCCGGAGGUGGAGGAGGAGACUCCGUGGGAGGUGUCCUAUGAGUCGCUGAGUAGGUGGAUUUUAGAUAAUUAAUUAAAUAAAUAAAUAAAUUUUGUGAGAAUUUAUGGAUAGGUAAGAGUAUAUAUAUCGUGUUGAUAUAUGUGCGAAUUUUCUAAUAGUAAAUACGUUCUUUUAGAAUCAA